AUGAGUGCAGUGGGCUUGGUGCUCUUGGGGCUUGCUCUGAGGUUUAGGGCCACAAUCUCUAAGCCAGAGGAGGGCAGCUUUUGCUCAAAAAGUCAAGUGGCCUUCAGAGACUCUUGCUAUGAAUUUGUGCCUCUCGGUCGCACCUUCUAUGGUGCCCAGAGCUGGUGUGAGGAGCAAGGGGGCCAUUUGGUCUUUAUUCAUGAUGAAGACACCCAGCAGUUUCUGCAGAAGCACAUCUCCCAGGACAGGGAAUGGUGGAUUGGACUCAUAGGGAACUCGGCUCAGAAUGGAACCACAGAAGGGUCAGGGAGCUGGCUGGACACCUCAAAUGUGAGCUACAGCCACUGGCGCGGAGGACAGGCCUCUCCUGCUCCAAACACCUGUGGUUACAUCCAGAGAGAUGCUUCCUUUGGGUGGGCGGCCUCAGACAACUGCACGCAGCCGUUUGCCUUCAUCUGCGAGUUUGGUGCUGGCCAGAGUCUAGCCUGUGAUGGCCUCCAUGCCACCAUGCACUGCGGCUCAGGGGAGGUCAUCCGGAUCCAGGACGCCUUCUACGGGCGCCACACCCCGCAUUACUGCACCCAGGGUGCUGCAGGCCCCUCCGAGGAGGAAUGCAGCUGGGCCAGCGUCAAGGACGAAGUGGCAGGCCAGUGCCAGGGGCUGCAAGUAUGCCAGGUGGCAGCAGAUGGGACCUACUUUGGAGACCUGUGCCCCACCCAGGGAAGCUACCUGUGGGUGCGGUACCAGUGCCAGGAAGGCCUCCAGCUGAUGGUGUCCAAUGAGAGUUUCAUCUUUGACAAUGUCACCAUCUCCCUGACAUGGCUCCUCUCUCCCUUCAUUGGAAAUCUGUCAUGUAUAAUCAGUACAGGAGAUGGCCACACUUUCGAUCCCUACUACCCCCUCAGCUCAUCCAGCGGCAUCAUCCACCAGUUCACAGCCCCUGGGGAAUUCAUUGUGUUUGCUGAAUGCACAACCACUGAGUGGCACGUGAUGGCUCAGAAGCAUGUGACAAUCCGAGACAAGAUAGAGCAGCUCAGUGUGACUGGGUGCUCCAGCAUGUCCCAGUCAGGAGCCAGCCCUCUUUGCCGCACUGUCUUCGGGGACCCAUUGUGGAUUCAGGUGGUGCUUGAUGGAGGAACAGGGGUGACUUACACUGUGCUGUCAGGCAACACAAGCCUGGCUGAGUUCACCACACUGAGCGGCCUACUACCCUACAAUCUGACCCUGGACCAAGAGGCCCAGCAAAGGAUUGGCCCCGGGAUGCACCACCUGGAGAUCCGAGCCAGCAGCAACACCACCACCUCUGCACCCUCUAGAAACAUCACAGUCCACUUCAUGGAGCCUCUGUCAGGGUUACAGGCCUCCUGGGGUUCUGACCACUUGGAGCUUGGACAAGACCUACUGGUCAACGUCUCGUUGGCUCAUGGUAUCCCAGAGGGGCUGACCUUUGAAGUGGCAGGACUCAAUGCAACCUUCACCCACCAAGAAGAAAGCCUCAGGGGGCCAUUUGGGAUUUACCAUGUGGCAGUUCCUCUUGAAGGUACCUUUCUGGUCACUGUGAUGGUGAGGAAUGCCUUCUCAAACUUAAGUUUGGAAGUCGGAAACAUCACUGUCACAGCUCCUUCCAGUCUGCAAGAACCAUCUGGAACAAAUGCCAAGGAAAAGAAUAGAAAGAAAGGGAACAUGCAGGUGUACAUGGAAACUGGUCAGUAUGUGGAUCCUUUCACGACUGUGACUCUGGGCUGGCCAGACAGUGACAAAGAUUUACGUUUCCAGUGGUCAUGUGGACGCUGCUGGGCCCAGUGGAGUUACUGUGUUGAGAGGCAGCUGCUCCGCACAGACCAAAGGGAGCUGGUGCUUCCUCCAUCCUGCCUGCCACGGCCCACCUCCACCGUCACCCUGCGCCUGGCCACCUGGAGGGGCGGGGAGCUGCAGCACCGGGAGGAGCAGUGCCUCUAUGUGUCCGUCCCCCUGGAACUCGGGCCUCGAGUCAGUUGUGAGAAGAACUGUGGACCAGUGAAUGCCAGUGAAGACGUCAUGCUCAGAGUCACCGUGGUGGACGACUCCUCAGUGGCCAUGUUCAACUGGGACUUAGAGGACACCUCUCUGGGGAAGGCUGAGCCCCUCCCGGCUGCCUGCAGAUUCCGGGGAUUUUGGCUGAGUGCUUUAACCCUCCCUCAGAGCAACACCUCCACACUGCGGCAGAACAGCUCCUUCUUGCAGACCUGGGGCCAGGCCACCCGGAUCGGAGCCACAGCAGUAACCGGGCAUGCCCACGGAGAGGACACCCAUGUGAUCAGCUCUCUGCCUCCCCCUGCGGUGCCCACGUGCACCAUCACCCCAGAGGAGGGUACCAUUCUGACCAGCUUCACCAUCUUCUGCAAUACAACUUCGGACCUAGGUCCCCUGGAGUACUGCUUCUGCCUGGAGUCAGGUUCCUGUCUACACUGUGGCCCUGAGCCUGCACUCCCGUCAGUUUAUUUGCCACUUGGGAAAGUAAACAAUGACUUCAUGCUGACAGUGGUCAUUUCUGUCUCCAGUCUCACAGGGGACAAAGAGCAGGCCCACGCAGUGGUGAAGGUGGGACUUGGAGACACCCGUGUUGAGAACGGGGCAUUCCAGGCUGCAGUGCUGGAGAACAUCACCGCCACUCUGCAAAGCGAGUGGGACCCUGAGCGGCUCUUCCAGCUGGCCAGAGCCGUGUCAUCCGUGCUAGACCAGGAGUGCCAGGGGCAGGGCUGCAGGCGGCUGCUGAACAUGGACAUCAGACAGAAGGUCAGAGAGCGUGUGCUGGGGUCACUGUCUGCGGUCCCUGCCACCCUGGGGGACAUACAGAGGAUACAAAGCUUGGCCCAGGUGCUAAGAGAGGUGACCCACCCCACUGAGGAGCUCACACCCAAGGCCCAGCGGGAGGCCAUGUGGGCUCUGCAGCAUGCCAGUGAAGCCCUGUUGGCAGUGAGUUCCAAGGUCCAGCCUGAAGACCAGAGGCGCCAGGUGGCCACCAAGGACCUGUUUCAGGCUGUGGGGAGUGUGCUGGAAGCCUCCCUGAGCUUCCAGGGACCAGAAGAGCCUGCAGAGGCCAAGGGCAGCCAGAUGGCCUCCAUUCCCCAGCUGCUCAGAGUUGUGGAGCAUGUGCAGGAUGCCCUCCUUCUGGGGACACUGCCUGGGGGCCUCCCAAUCACUCUGGCCAACCCCUCCAUCUCCAUAUACACAAAGAGAAUACAGCCCAGGAGUUGGCGAGGCUCCUCUGUGCACACUGCAGCUGCCAGCUCUGCAACCUUUAUCCUGCCUGCUGCCUCCUACCUUGGCUCUAUGGAGGACAGCCCAGAGCCUGUGGACAUCAGGGUGAUGAGUUUCCCAAAGAGCCCCUUCCUGGCCCAGAGUCACUUUGAUGUCAGUGGAACUGUUGGUGGCCUCUGCCUGACCAGCCCUAGUGGACAUCUCAUACCCAUGAAGAAUCUGUCAGAGAAUAUCGAGAUCCUACUGCCAAGGCUUUCGGAAGGACACGGUGAGCCAACUGUGUUAAACCUGACCAGUCCUGAAGCUUUGUGGGUGAACCUGACUUCAGAUGGGGCAGCUUUGGGGAUCCAACUGCACUGGAGACCUGAUAUCCCACUCGUACUCAGCCUGGGCUACGGCUACCACCCUAAUGAGACCAGCUAUGACUCCAGAGCUCAACUUCCACCAGUGGCUACCGCAGAUGGGCAGUCCACGUGGAUCCUGAACCCAGAGGACCUACAUUUUGGAGAAGGUGUCUACUAUCUGACCGUUGUCCCCGAGUCUGACCUGGAGCUGACCACUGGCAGGGACCUCACAGUUGGCAUUACCACCUUCCUGUCCCACUGUGUGUUUUGGGAUGAGGUCCAGGGGACUUGGGACAACUCUGGGUGCCAGGUGGGGCCACGGACCACCCACUCCCAGACACACUGCCUCUGCAACCACCUCACCUUCUUUGGAAGCACGUUCCUGGUGAUGCCCAAUGCCAUUGAUGUCUGCCAGACCGCCGAGCUCUUUGCCACCUUUGAGGACAAUCCUGUGGUUGUGACCACCGUGGGCUGUCUCUGUGUGGCCUACGUGCUGGUGGUGAUCUGGGCAAGGAGGAAGGACGCUCAGGAUCAGGCCAAGGUGAAGGUCACAGUGCUGGAGGACAAUGAUCCCUUUGCACAGUACCACUACCUGGUGACAGUCUACACUGGACACCGGAGAGGGGCAGCUACUUCCUCCAAGGUGACUGUCACCCUAUACGGCCUGGAUGGAGAGAGUGAACCCCACCACCUGUCAGACCCUGACAUCCCAGUUUUUGAGCGAGGAGGAGUGGAUGUCUUCUUACUCUCCACCAUGUUCCCCCUGGGGGAACUGAGGAGCCUGCGGCUGUGGCAUGACAACUCGGGGGCCCGGCCAUCCUGGUACGUGAGCCGGGUGCUGGUGCAUGACCUGGCUAGGGACCAGAAGUGGCAUUUCCUCUGCAACUCGUGGCUGUCCAUUGAUGUUGGAGACUGUGUUCUUGACAAAGUAUUUCCAGUGGCCACAGAGCAGGACAGGAAACAAUUCAGGCACCUGUUUUUCAUGAAGACGUCCACAGGCUUCCAGGAUGGACACAUCUGGUAUUCCAUCUUCAGCUGCACAGCUCGGAGCAACUUCACCCGUGUCCAGAGGGUGUCCUGCUGCUUCUCCCUGCUCCUCUGCACCAUGCUGACCAGCAUCAUGUUCUGGGGUGUUCCCAAGGACCCAGCUGAACAAAAGAUGGACUUGGGUGAAAUUGAAUUUGCUUGGCAGGAAGUGAUGAUUGGACUGGAGAGCUCUCUCCUCACGUUCCCCAUCAAUCUCCUAAUCGUUCAGAUCUUUCGAAACACCUGUCCUCGGGUCACUAAGGAGCAGAACACUGAGAAAUGGGAUAGGGGCUCCCCUAGCCUGGCCUCCUCACAACAGCCCAUGGAGAAUGGCCUUCUGACACUUGAAGUGGUGACCAAGGAUAUGUGGAGACUCGUCAGCUCGCUGUUUAAAGCUCUGAAGGUGCCAUCACCUGCCUCCGGCUGGGACUCAGCAGCACCAAUGGACAUCAAUCACCUUCUGGCCUUGGUGCAGGACAUUGUCUGUCUGCAGAACGUGGCAGGGCCAGAGCUCUGGGAGGAAGCCAAACAGAGAGAGAACCAUUUAAUGCUCCCUCUUGGGUCUCUACAAGCAAAAGAACAAAUGCGAUGUCUGAUGCCAGAGAUGGGCCCAAGUGACCCUCAGAAGGACAAUGUCUACAAGCAGUGUCUCUACCUUCAGUUGGAGCACAUGGAGCAAGAGCUUCGGCUGGUGGGGUCCUGUGGCUUCCCCCAGAGCCAGAGCCACGCCCGGGCCCUCAGCCAGCUGCAGAUGCUGAAGGGCUGUCUGGGGGGACAGCUGGGCACCCCAACCCCAGCAUAUGCCAGCUUCCCGAUGGCAAGCAAGCAUCCUCGAGGCCUGCCCUGGUGGUUCGUCGUGGUGGGCUGGCUCCUGGUGGCAGUCACCAGCAGCGUGGCAGCCUUCUUUACCAUGCUCUACGGCCUGCACUAUGGGCGGGCCAGAUCCCUGAAGUGGCUCAUCUCCAUGGCCGUCUCCUUCGUGGAGAGUGUGUUUGUCACCCAGCCCCUGAAGGUGCUGGGCUUUGCUGCCUUCUUUGCACUGGUCUUGAAGAGAGUAGAGGAUGAGGAAGAGCUGGUGGCCUCCCUCCCAGGACGUCUAUCUGGCCCAGACCCCUCUGUCUUGUUCCGAGCACGACGAUGCAGCAGAAAGGACAUUUACCAGCCGCCUUUGGCCGCUGACGUCGAGAAGAUGAAAACCACCCAUCUCAAGGAACAGAAGACAUUUGCCUUCAUCAGAGAAAUCUUGGCAUACCUGGGCUUCCUGUGGAUGCUGCUGCUGGUCGCCUAUGGGCAGAGGGACCCCAGCACCUACCACUUCAACAGACACCUUGAGCACAGCUUCACCCAAGGCUUUUCAGCUGUGUUAAGCUUCAGAGAGUUCUUCGUGUGGGCCAACACCACCCUCCUGAGCAACCUAUACAGUUAUUAUCCAGGCUUUAUCACGGAUGGGAACUCUAAGCUGGUGGGCAGUGCCCAGAUUCGCCAAGUGAGGGUCCGGGAGAGCUCUUGCCCUCUUGCCCCACAGCUGCAGGCUUCUCUCGACGGAUGCCAUGCACCAUACUCCCUGGAUAUUGAAGACCUGUCAGACUAUGGGGAAGGCUGGAAUGCCUCCAUACACAAUAACAGCAGUGGCUUUUCCCAGGCUUGGCAGUACCAGAGCCAGAGCCAACGCCGAGGGUGUCCCAUCUGGGGCAAAUUCACUGUGUACCGGGGAGGAGGUUAUGUGGUCCCCUUGGGGACUGAUCGCAAAAGCGCAUCAAGAAUUCUCCAGUACCUCUUUGACAACACCUGGCUGGACAGACUGACCAGAGCUGUUUUUGUGGAGUUCGCCGUCUACAAUGCCAACGUUAACCUGUUCUGCAUCAUCACUCUGACCCUGGAGACAAGCGCCCUGGGAACCUUCCUUACACAUGUGAACCUGCAGAGCCUACGCCUGUACCCCUUCACUGACGGCUGGCACCCCUUCGUGGUAGCAGCAGAAGCCAUCUACCUCCUGUUCCUCCUCUACCACAUGGUUGUGCAGGGCAAGCUCAUGAGGAAACAGAGGUGGUGCUAUUUCUAUAGCAAGUGGAAUCUUCUGGAGCUAACCAUCAUCCUGGCCAGCUGGAGUGCCCUGGCGAUGUUUGUGAAGAGGGCCAUCCUGGCAGAACGAGACCUCCAGCACUACCGGAGCCAUGGGGAGGAGGGGAUCAGUUUUGGUGAGACAGCAGCGGCUGAUGCUGCCCUUGGCUACAUCAUUGCCUUCCUGGUACUGCUGUCCACAGUGAAGCUUUGGCAUCUGCUCAGGUUGAACCCCAAAAUGAACAUGAUCACUUCAGCCCUGCGCCGGGCUUGGGGGGACAUUUCAGGCUUCAUCGUUGUCAUCCUUAUCAUGCUUCUGACUUACUCCAUUGCGUCAAACUUAAUAUUUGGUUGGAAACUCCGUUCCUACAAAACUCUCUUUGAUGCAGCAGAAACGAUGAUCAGCCUUCAGCUAGGAAUCUUUAACUAUGAGGAGGUCCUGGACUAUAGCCCAGUGCUUGGCUCUUUCCUGAUUGGGUCUUGCAUCAUUUUCAUGACAUUUGUGGUGCUGAAUCUAUUUAUCUCUGUCAUCCUGGUGGCCUUCAAUGAGGAGCAAAAAUAUGAUCAUCUGUCGGAAGAAGAAGAGAUUGCUGAUUUUUUGCUGAUGAAAAUACUCGGUUUCCUGGGUAUUAAACGUAAAAGAGAGGAGCCUGGCAACAGCAGGGAGCAGCCCAAGUAG